UAAUUACACAUAUAAAAUGGUGUAAGUGGUUAUUUCCUAUUGAAGUAAGUGUGCGUAAACUAGUCGCUUUGUUUGUCAAACGUCUGUGUGUUUCCGUAAUAUGAUUUAAAAUGGAAUUCUUUGUUCUAUUGUUGAAUUAACAAACACAAAAAUGAGAGGGUAUACAUUAUUUUAUAAAUUUAUGACAAUUUCUGCAGUUGUGCUAGGAGCGGAAUUGAUUGACAAUCCAAAAGGUGCGGGACAAGAUGCUUUGCCUAUCUUGGUUAACUUGUCUGAUAUGAAUGUGAAAAUUACCUGUACAAGGCAGAAGGAUCAGGUUGACAAACACAUAUUUUGGUUUCAUGGUAAUAAUGAUGUUAUUUCAAUUGGUACAACAGUAAUAAAGAACAAUAAUGAUUACCAGGUUAAAAAAAAUAGUUAUGGGGAAAUAGAACUUACAAUUAAAAAAAUCUCAGCAGGAACUCUUGGAAUAUAUUACUGCACUAAUAAAAAUCAGGACAGAAAAAUAAAGGCUGUUGAGUUAAAGACUAUAGAGAAGCCAACUAUUGUAAACCAUUCCAAUAUAACGCUGAUGAUUAAAGAGGGAAGUUCUGCUGAACUGUGGUGCGAGGUGGAAUCAGUCAUUGAAUACAAGAUAGACUGGUUCAUUCAUGACAACAGAUUAGACCUACCUGUCGGCAUAAAUGGAAGCAGAUUAUCUAUUGUGAACAUAACCAGACAUUGCUCUGCUAUAUACAGAUGUUUUGUUACAAAUGCCAAGGGAAACAAUUCAGUGGACUUCGAUGUCAUUGUCAUACACAAACCUAUGGUGAAGAUAGAAGUCAAUACAACAACCCACGAUAACGUUGUAACCAAGAAAACAACGUUAGAAUGUAUCAUAAACGCUGAACCACGAACUUAUUAUAUUGAAUGGUCAAUGGGAGAAAAACGCAUUGGCUCCUGGAAUAAAACGUUAGGAUUCCCAAAAACUUAUAAACCCUUUGAAACACGUUACAUGCUAACAAAAGAUGAACCAACUAUUUCUUCAGAGCACGAGGUUCUGAAGCUUCAAAUACUAAAACCAUCAAAGGAUGAUGUAGGAACUUUUAAAUGUUUAGCAACAAACAUUGUAGACUCACAGACGGCGGAAGUGACGCUUGUUUAGUUACCAGAUUGUCUCGGUCGGCGGAAGAGGAGCUUGUUUAGGUACCAGUCUGAGUAAGCUCACAGUCGGCAGAAGUGGAGCGUGUUGAGUUUUCAACAACUUACGAUUAAGAUUGAUCGUAAGUCAUAAACAAUUCAUUAUAUAUACUUUAGAUAAAUCUAAGUCGUAAGUAUUUUUGUGAAAUUGACUUCAGUUUGAGAUAGAUGUUUUCUGUAUAUAAGCAUGUUGGAGAGAUGUCAGAUAAAGACGACGCUCAAGUUGUAUAGAAAGAUGCUUGGUUUUUACGGCAUGUUUCUCAUUGAAAACAAUUGACUGGUUAGCAUAUAACAAUAUUAUUUUGACUGAUAAAUAAUUUAUUUG